GUCGACGCCGCCGCGCAUGCAGAGUGGCCACAAGCCGGCCAGUGGCCGGAAGAUGAGCCUGCUGAUGAGGCUGCUGAUGAGCAGUGGGCCGAGUGCCCUGAUGAGGCCACUGAUGAGCAGGUGGCAGAGUGGCCAGAAGAGGAUGCUGGGCCUGAGCCUGAAAAGGCCUCUGAUGAGGCCGAUGAUGAGCAGGCCGAGGCCGAGUGGCCUGAUAAGGCCCAUGAUGAGCAGACCGAGGCCGAGUGGCCCGAAGAGCCCGCUGAUGAGGCCAACUAUGAGCAGGCCGAGGCUGAGUGGCCGGCUUCUGAUGAGGCCGAUGAUGAGCAGGCCGAAGCUGCGUGGCCUGAUGAGCCCGCU